GUGACGGAUUGUACGGUUUGUACCUUGCCGUUGUCAAUAAUGGCGGAGGAGCCGUCCAGCUGCAUAAUAUCUUCCGUCCCGCUGCAGCAACAGUUUCACUCAAUCCAUGGAACUUUAGUUCAGCUAUCGGAGAACGGCUUUUCAGCCUUCCGUCUCCGUCCUAGUCACGAAUUCAACCAAGGGCUGGUUUUCUCCAGUCGGUCGUUAAAGGACGAGCAGGUCUUUGAAGUCCGGAUCGACCGCAAGGUUCACUCAUGGACAGGUAGUCUACAAAUUGGAAUUACCACACAAGAUCCAGCUACCUUCCACCCCGCCCCUCCUCCAAAUGCCCUAGAUAUUGUCAAUAAAUCAUGGGUUUUGUCUGGAUGCAAUCUGUUUGAAAAUGGUAAAAUUAUCGUAGAAGACUAUGGCCCAAAUUUGGAUGAAUUGAGUGAGGGAGACCGAGUUGGUGUAAUGCGCACCUCAGAAGGAGAUUUGGUUUUCUAUGUUAAUUCAUUUGCUCAAGGAGUAGCUGUCUCAGGCAUCCCUCAAACUAUUUAUGCUGUUGUCGAUCUUUAUGGCAAAUGUGUUCAGGUUUCUAUGAUUAACCAUAGUGAGACUCAUUCACUACCUAGGCCAUUAUUAACUUUGAGUUCAGUUAUGAUGGAUAGCAAUCAAGUAAAUCAGGAAGAAGAAUCUUGUAGUACUGCGAGUACACCAAGCGGUGCACUUCAGGAUCGAUUGCGGUUUCAUCAUCGGUGUGGCACAAUGGUGAAACUUUCGGCUGGACAACGAACUGGCGAACGCAGGCGACCGCUAGACGAGUUUAAUAACGGCGUAGUCAUGACCCAACGUCCUCUUCUACCUGACGAGCUCUUUGAGAUUCGUAUCGAUAGUUUAGUAGACAAAUGGUCUGGCUCUAUCGAGGUUGGAAUUACAACUCACAACCCAGCUGCUCUGGACUUUCCUUCUACUAUGACCAAUCUUCGCAGCGGAACGAUUAUGAUGUCUGGCUGUGGAAUCUUGACCAAUGGCAAAGGGACCCGUCGUGAGUACGGCCAAUGCAACUUGGACGAGUUAGGCGAAGGGGACCGGAUCGGACUCAUACGCAAGACAAACGGGGAUCUGCAUUUUUACGUCAAUGGUCGUGACCAGGGCGUUGCCGCGUCCAAUGUACCAAAUCCUGUGUGGGGUGUUGUGGAUCUCUACGGGCGGACAGUCAGAGUUUCACUGAUUGACCGGGAAGACGCCGUUAAACCUCCAACGAAUGAGGCAGAAGAAGAUGCUCCUGUGGUGGUGGAACAACUGCAGUUUCAUAUGCGGUGCGGUCUACACGCAGCUGUUGUGAAUGGUGGAACGACAGGACAUCGACCGAACGCACAAAGUGACUUUAAUCACGGUGUCGUGUUGACUAGCCGACCUUUGAGGCCAGACGAAUUGUUCGAAGUAGUGUUGGACAAAGUGGUUCUCAAAUGGGCGGGUUCCAUCGAGAUUGGUGUCACGACUCAACGCCCCGAGGAGCUCGACUUUCCUGCCACAAUGACCAACGUCCGUUCAGGCACUUGGAUGAUGACCGGCAACGGCGUGAUGCACAAUGGACUAACUAUUUUGGACGAUUAUGGAACUUCGCUCGACCGUCUGGGCUCGGGAGAUCGGGUCGGUGUGAUACGACGUUCGAAUGGGGUUUUACACUUCUUCGUCAACGGCGAAGAUCAAGGUCCAGCGGCCGGCAAUGUUCCAGAAAAGGUUUACGGAGUCGUGGAUUUGUACGGCCAAGCAGCCCAAGUAUCCAUCGUCUCUCCUUCCCCGGCCACUCCGCUAACUGAUUCUUCUCCCUAUCCGUCCUAUCUCUAUCCGGCACCGUCUCAUCUUCUGGCCCCUUUGGUCUCUCCCACCUCUUUGGCUGACUCCACGUACGCCCUCCCCACUUCAUCGUCUUCUACUUCGGCGUCGUCAACGCUCAUCCACACGGAUUUAAGCUUUCACAGGUUACACGGCCGCAACACAACCUUGUCUAGCAAUUGCCUUACGGCGAGUAGACCCAACGCGUUGUCAGAAUUCAACGAUGCCAUCUGCAUUACAUCAAGGCCCUUGAGACCGGGGGAGGUGUUUGAAGUGAUGAUCGAAAAACUAGUUGAAAGGUGGUCUGGAUCACUUGAACUUGGCGUAACAUCCAUCCGUCCUGAAAAUUUGGAUUUCCCUUCAACAAUGACGGACAUCACUUACGGAACGUGGAUGCUCAGCGGUUCAUCAGUGAUGCAGGAUGGGACCAUCACUCGAAACGGUUAUCCACUCGACUUGGACGCUUUACAAGAAGGGAAUCGAGUUGGGUUAUUGCGCCAUGCUGACGGAAGUUUACACUACUACCUGAACGACCAAGAUCAAGGAGCAGCAUGCUGGGGCGUGCCCCAGGAUCUUUAUGCCGUCAUUGAUUUGUAUGGACAGUGCGCCCAAGUGUCGCUGGUCCACAGACCCCUUCAAGUAUCCGGUAUACCUACUAACCAACAGGAGGGAGAUGCUACUCCAAUGGACUCGACCGCCAGUGAACCAAGAUGCAUCCAGCCGCAUCGUCAUCGUAUCUCACCUUAUUGUGGUCGGGCUGUCACUCUGUCAGACGAUGGUCGAACGGCCAAACGCGAAGAUAAGGAUUUCGAGAAUGGGCUGGUGUUCAGCUUAUUGCCGCUGCAACCAGAAGAGUCGUUUGAUGUGCGCAUCGAUACCGUGUCUCAGCGCUGGGCUGGGUCCCUUGCCGUCGGCCUCACUACUUUCCAUCCGCAAGAAGGAGCCGUGAUUCCUUCAAGUUUAAGUGGUCUGGAGUCUUCGUGGUACAUCUCCAGUUCGAGUGUUUUCCAGUCGGGACGCAAAAUUCUGGCCUCAUGUCUACCCAUGGAACAUUUGGCCGUUGGGGAUGUCGUUAGCAUCCGUCGAACGGUGGAAUCCACUCUUCAUUUCGCUGUGAACGGCCGGGACUUGUCCGUCUGCGUUCGCAACAUUCCUCAUGGCGCGUACGUUGUGAUGGAUCUACACGGAAUGAUUCAGUCUGUGAGUGUCAAAAGCAUUGGAAAACUUGGGUCGUUACCGGAAUCGCUUGCGACAACUCCAGCCGUUUUGGCAACCAAUUCGUUACCAACGGCAGGUGGAGCUCUUCCGUUGUCACUGAGCCAGCUAGCACUGCGCGAAGCGAUGCAAGGAAUCCAAAGUGCGCUGAGUAGUCGCUUCGGCAGUGCAUUCAGUCACCAGCAACGCUUUCACGAUCAUCACGGUCGCAACGUUGUCUUAAAGAAUAACGGCCAGACAGCCCAGCGAACGGCCAGCUACAAUCAGGGCCUGGUAUAUUCUAAGGAUCCACUUAUACCUGGAGGCUGCUUUCAAGUUAAGAUUGAACAAUUGGACGAACGUUGGACAGGCUCGUUGAUGCUUGGAGUGACGUCAAUUCCGCCUGAAAAAAUGCCAUCGACUCCGCCUACCUGUGCGCUUCUACUUAAGCGACCUAGUUGGGUCAUCAGUGGACGGACCCUGCAUCAAGGUGGCCGUAAGAUACGAUCCGACCUCAAGUUUGAUUUGAACGAAUUGCGAGUUGGUCAGAGCGCCGGUGUUCACUUGAGCCAAACGGGCCACCUGCACGUUCUGAUUGACGGAAUUGAUUGCGGUUCCGUGGCGUGGAUUGGAACCAGUGAAUCGCUUUUCGCCGUCGUCGAUCUUUAUGGGCAGAGUACAGAAAUGUCCACGGUAUCCGUGCGCUCAGCUUCAACUACCACCUCGACUCCCACAACUCAGCCGGCCUUGAAUGAAGAGAAAGCCUUGCGAGAAAGUUCCAACACGGAAAAGAGUUUGACAGGUGUGAGAAACUACUCUCAGCGUUCCUGUCGCUACAAGCAGAGUUGCUCAAGAUUCGUCCAUCUAAUGGGUCUACCGGACGCGUAUCUCGAGGGCGAGGGAAGUGUUUGCGGCUGCGUUCAGUGCUUCCGCGAAGAGGAAGGCACGUCAGACAAGGUGGACGAGGAGAUGAAGGGUUGGUGUCGCUGGACUGUCAGGAAUCGUCGACAAGUGGACAAGAAAGACGGACCUGGCAUCAACGAGAAAUGGCAAACGGCGUAUCAUCAAACACGCCCUUGUGUCGUCCGCCGGAUCCUGGAUGAAGGCCAUUUGCUUUCGCCGGAUUUGAAUGUUUGGCAGAGAACAAAGGCUGCCCGUCGGAGUAGCAAAGGCAACGAUGGGGAAUCUAAUGGGCAGCUACUCUUUUCUCCAACUUUACAGCCUGCGUCGUUGGCACCGAUUGCAGAACUUUACGACCCAAUUCUUAAGAAAAAUCAACGUGGUCAGGUGGUUUUACAAGUGCUCGUCCAGCCGGGAUCCUACAAAGUCCGGAGGGCAACCAGUCCUCUCAACGGUCCAGCGCCGACAGUCCCGACCGCUAAUACAGUGGGAUCAGUGACUUGUAGUCCAGAUCCAACUCAUCAACAACAGUUGCUGAAUCCACCCGCAGACACGACCGCAAUAACGGAUGAAGACCCAGCCAUUUUAUGGUACACCAAGGAACGGGGAGCUGCUAUUGUACAGGCGCUCUUGAUCAGAUUAGACGAAACUGCCUCGGCUUCGACCUGAACCAAACAGUGUUCGAGAACGCGCACGAAAUCUGGUUGUUCUUAGCUUUAACUGAUUGUUUGUGACUGUGUCCAUUUAUAGCUCUAAUCUAAAAUUCUCUUACGAAUCACUCUGUACAUACACAUGAACAAAUAAAUGUGCUUGCUCC